AUGAUGCUGAGUCGACUCGAGGAAGAAAAGGACGGAGACUCGCUGCCCGGCGACCCAGUCCAAAGGGUAACUUUGCAAGACAGGUUCAAGCAGCUACGACAACAAGAAGAAGCUGCUCGUGCGUUGACAGGCGGCGAGAAUAGUAAAUAUGAUGGGGCACUCGGCCUCACUUUGCCUGACGAUGGACAGACUCAAGACAAACCACCAUUGUCUCCUGUCCCACAGCCCAUUUCUGGCCUAGCGCCAGGUACGGUAUCCGGUGUUAACGCUGGUCCCUCGGCCAUUUCAGAGGAAAAAGUCGACUGGGACUUGUGGCAGUCUGUUGUUUAUGAAGGGCCAACUGCUGUGGCUCGUACAAGCGCCGAGGAACUGAACAAAGCCAUUGCAACCGGCAUUCCUAGCGCCAUUCGUGGUGUCGUGUGGCAGGUGCUGGCUGACAGUAAGAACGACGAUCUCGAAUUAGUGUACAAAGAAUUGGCGACUAGGGGCGCAGACAAGAGCAAGGACCGCAACAGCAACAGCACAACCGCCAGCUCGUUAAGCAACGGAAAUCUCAGUGUUCACAGCGGAGAUGCUGUUGCAUCUUCCGCUUCCUCUAUUAACUCGGACAAUUCAGGCAAUGGUACGACUUCUCCUCCAAACGAGAAGAAUGCAGAGGCAGUCCUGAAGGCUCAAGUUGCGGCCGCAGCUGAGAGAAAGCGAAAGGACAAGGAGGAUGCUGCUUCAUUGCAAAAGCUUGAAAAGACGAUCCGUCGUGAUCUUGGUGCUCGCACCAGCUAUUCUAAGUACGCAGCUGCUGCCGGGCUUCAAGAGGGUCUGUUUGGCGUCUGCAAAGCAUAUGCUCUGUUCGACGAAGGCGUUGGAUAUGCCCAAGGCAUGAAUUUCCUCAUUAUGCCGAUACUGUUUAACCUGCGAGAUCUCUUCAUCCAGGAUAUGCCCGGGUUGCACAUGCACCUCUAUCAGUUUGAACGCCUUUUGGAAGACUUUGAGCCAGCACUCUACUGCCAUCUCCACCGAAAGGGCAUUUCGCCUCACCUUUACGCUACCCAAUGGUUUUUGACCCUCUUUGCCUACCGAUUUCCCCUUCAACUGGUUCUUCGUAUUUAUGAUUUGAUCUUCUCCGAGGGCCUGUCGGCGAUCCUGCGCUUUGGCAUCGUCCUGAUGCAGAAGAAUGCCAGCAUCCUCCUGGGAUUGUCUGACAUGCAGCAGCUCACCACUUACUUGAAGGAUAAGCUCUUUGAUGUGUACAUUGACAAGGAUCCCAGCCAGGGUAGCCUUCUGGAGAAUGGAUUCUUUGGAAGCUCAAGCUCCAGUAUGGAUAAAGAGGUUUACCGUGCAGACCAACUUGUCAAAGAUGCUUGCGAAGUUCAAAUCACUCCCGAGAUGCUCAAAGCUUAUAGCACUGAAUGGGAAGAGAAGACCAAGGCCGAGAAAGACCGCGAGACUGAACUUCUGGAGCUCCGUUCAGCCAACCACAGCUUUUCUAUCAGACUCCGGAAAAUGGAGGAGAGAGUCGAAGCUUGCGAUCGUGAACAGGCCGAUCUGGCAACGGAGCUUGUGCAUACCAAGGUCGAAAAUCAGGAGCUCAAGGACGAGAAUGAUAGUAUGCGAGGUCAGGUCCGCGAGUUGAAGAUCGUCAUCGAGAAGCAACCGAUGGAUCUCGAAGAGAGAUGGAAACUCGAGCGUGAUGAUUUGAUGAAACGCAAUAUGCAUGUCCACGAGGAGAACCAGAGACUGGAGAAGGAACUGGGUGAGCUGGAAGAGGAGUUGGUCCAGACCAAGCUGCGGUAUGCAGAGAUCAACUCUCAGCACGAGACCCUCAACCGCAAGUGGACUGACUUGAAACGUCAAUUCGCGUAGACAUUCCUUUUCAAUGCACGCGACCUUGUUUGGCUAUUUGGUCUCCGACCAUCCUUCAUGUAUAAAGUAUUCUUGUUUAGCCGAUUCUUUUAGCUUAUGACAAGCCGGCUGGUUAUUGCCUACUAAGGUAUUUGUUGGUUCGUUCACUGGACAUGGCGAAUCAGGCAUGUCGUAAUGAUGGUAAACCGGAGACAGGACGAUGGCAGGAUCGUUUCAGCCACUCCACACAAAUAUUUAUGAUCUAAAUCCAUCCGCCCAACACAACGACAUUGUGUAGACAUGAGAGGCGAAUUUUGCGAGUUUUUGGUAGUCCUUGG